GACUUUGAGUGACAGCUGGAGCGGAGAGGAGGAGGAGCUGAGGGGCGGGACUGAGAACUGAGGGGCGGAGCUGAGAGCAGGAGGGACUGAGCAGAGGCCAGGCAGGCAGAGUGAUGGCGGCUCUCGGGAACCCCAGCAGCGCCUCGGGCCCCAUGCUCAUGCUAGCAGCUAAAACUAAGACCAAAAAGAAAAACUUCGUCCAGCAGAAGGUGAAGGUUUUCCGAGCCAGCGACCCGGUGCUUAGCGUCUUUAUGUGGGGGGUAAAUCAUUCGAUCAACGAUCUAAACCAGGUUCCCGUUCCAGUUAUGCUUCUCCCUGAUGACUUUAAAGCCAACACCAAAAUCAAAGUCCAGAACCAUCUUUUCAACAAAGAGAACCUCCCGGGGCACUUCAAAUUUAAAGAGUACUGCCCACAAGUGUUCAGAAACCUUCGAGAGCGAUUUGGAAUCGAGGAUCUCGACUACCAGGCAUCUCUGACCCGCAGUCCCCCAGUAAAGGGCGAGGGGCAGGGCGAGGGUCUCCUCUUCAUCUCGUACGACCGCACUCUGGUCGUGAAGCAGAUCUCCAGCGAGGACGUGGCCGACAUGCACAGCAUCCUCUCCGAAUAUCACCAGCACAUAGUGAAGUGUCAUGGCAGCACGCUCCUCCCUCAGUUCCUCAGCAUGUACCGCGUGAGCGUGGAGAGCGAGGACACCUACCUCAUCGUCAUGAGGAACAUGUUCAGCCACCGGCUCACUGUGCACAGGAAAUACGAUCUGAAGGGUUCCUUGGUGUCUCGAGAGGCCAGUGAUAAAGAGAAGGUGAAAGAGUUGCCCACUUUCAAGGACGUCGAUUUCAGAAACAACAUGCAAAAGGUGUACGUGACGGAGGAGCAGAAAGAGAAGAUCCUGGAGAAGCUCAACCGAGACGUCGAGUUCCUGGUGAAGCUGAAGAUAAUGGACUACAGCCUGCUGCUGGGGAUCCACGACGUGGCGCGGGCCGAGCGUGAGGAAGAGGAAGCAGAGGAGCCGAGCUGCGAGGAUGAAGGGGAGGCGGAGAACGGCGUCAACCCCACAUCGCACGUCGGCUCCUACGGCACCUCACCCGAAGGCAUCGCCGGCUACAUGAACUCCUUUAAACCCAUGGGCCCUGGCGAGUUUGACCCCUACUUGGACGUUUACGCUGUCAAAAGCGCCCCAGGCGCGCCGCAGAGGGAGGUGUACUUCAUGGGUCUCAUAGAUGUGUUGACGCAGUAUGAUACUAAGAAGAAAGCUGCACAUGCAGCAAAGACUGUUAAACACGGGGCCGGUGCAGAAAUAUCUACAGUUCAUCCAGAACAAUACGCCAAACGAUUCCGCGACUUCAUCUCCACCAUUUUUGCCUAGUGCAUCUUCAGUCUUAAUCACACUCGUCUUUCCACGUGGUCCAGUUCGGGUAUUCCUGAAUGCUUUGUGUAUAUAUAUUUCACAAAAACUACCAUGAUCGCAUAAGAAUGAACGUAAACAUUCUGAUUAAUGUUAACAAAAUCACGUACAUAUUUAUUUGCGAGUAGCGUGAGCCAGGACUGAAACCCGUUCUCUAAUAUCACAUAUCUUUCAUCUACACUAACGGAGUUAUACUUCUGUCGAAGAAAUGUGAACCUGUAGCAGAACUACUCUAAAACAUCCUCCUACUUGAGCUCUCUCUCGCUCUCCUGCUCUCGCUCUCCUCCCCUCUUGCUCUCGUGCUUGCUCUUCCCCCUCUCUCGUUCUCCUGCUCUCCCCCACUGCCGCUGUCCUGCUCUCCCCCUCUCUUGCACCCUCUCUCCUGCUCUCCCCCCUCCCUCUUGCUCUCCUGCUCUCUCUCUCUCCUCCUCGCUCUUGCUCUCCCCCCCUCUUGCUCGCUCUCCCCGCUCUCUCUCUCUCGCUCUCCUGCUUUCCCCUGCUCUCGCGCUCUCUUGCUGUCCUGCUCCCCCCCGCUCUCUUGCUCUCAUGCUUGCUCUGCCCCUCUCUCGAUCUCUCUCCCCCUCUCUCGUUCUCCUGCUCUCCCCUGCUGUCACUCUCCUGCUCUCCCCCUCUCUCUCGCGCCCUCUCUUGCUCUUCCCCUCGCUCUCCCCCCCUCAUGCCCUCUCUCUCUUUCUUUCAGAGCUGCCUUGUUGUUCUUGGCGUAACACAGCCUGCUGUUCUCUGUAGAACACUGCCUUUAGCAGCUUUGCUUUCUUUAAGCUGUACUAGGGUCUGAUUUGUUAAUAUAUACAGGGUUAGUCAAAAUUAUGUGAACGCUAAUGGGUUAUUUUUCUCCUGAAUGUGUGGUGCGCUGUGACCGCUGCAGGCGCGACCGGGCCCUACUUUUUUUUUUUUGACACUCCAACAGUGACAUCAGACGUCUACUUGCAGACAGUGCAGCAGUACGCCAUCGAUGAACUUCCACUGCAGAUCCAAUUGGUUUCUACCAUUUUAAGUGUUAACAUAAUUUUGACUAACCCUGUAUAAUUUUAGUGUUUCUACCUAAUGUCUGGAGAAAAGCAAUAUUUCGAAUGUUGAACAUUUGUAUAAAUACCUAGAGUAUAUCAUUCCAAAUGUUUUCUAGCUAUUUUAUGCAGUCUAGAUUCAAAAAAUGAAGGGGUUUUUUUUGUUUUUGUUUUUGCGCAGCUUAGAAAACAGAACUAGGAUCACAGGCCUUGUUUCUUUUUUUAUGUUGCAAUUCAGUGUUUGGACCAAAUAUUUUUUCUUUUUUGACGAUUUUCCGAAACCAAGCUUGAGUUUGUUUUUGUUAAGAAUGAACUUUAAUAUUUCACACAUUUAGUUUAAUUAGUUGUGUUGUGUGGUAUUUUGCUUCAUUCAAUUAUUGGUCAAAUAAAACCUAAGCAUUUCUGUUUAAUAUCCACUAGAAAAAUAGCUGUCAUACAACAGCAAAUGCAGGGUUUUUUUCCCCUCCCCCCCUUCUUUUUUUAAUUUAAUCAUUUUUACUCUUCCUUAAUAAAGAAUGUGUGAGUUGAAUAUCAGCUUCAGAUGAGUGCACCUCUGUAAAUAGUGGAGGGUCAGGGACAGGUUCCACUCGACCUCUUCCAGAAGCCUCAAAUUGUGCUGACCAUUUCCUGUUGCUCUAACACCCACCCACCCACCCAAAAAAAAAAAAAAAGACUGACCUUAACAAUGGAUGGAAACAUGCAGGAAGGGAGAAAAAAUGAGGACCCUGCUACAUCGCAUAAAAUGCUGACAAGCUGCUGCUCGAGGCUGGAACAGAGCGAGACAACAAGUCAAUCCUGGAAAUGGUGGGGAAAAGAGCCAAUACAAACCUCUAUACCCAGCAAGAAGAUGUAAAGAGCCAUUACAUCUUCAGUCAUGCUGAGCCGGCAUGCAGAAGCAUUUUUUUUUUCACCUCCACUGAUGAGACGGAGUGAAAAUGAACAAGUUAACGGCAUUUUUGUUGAGCAAGGAUUAAAACACUUGGGGGGGGGAUUGCUGUUCUAAGAAAAUAAUCAACAACUGGAUGGCGUGAUGUGGCCUGACAUGAAGCAGAGUUGAUAAUUUUCCUGUAGCACCAUGCCCUGAUGUGUUUUCUUUACUCUUCUACAGCAGCAAUUUGCAAACAAUUUAUAAUUCCUGUUAUUACUGACAUUAUAACUGCUAUCAGCUGUUGUUUUCUCACCCCUGUCUCUCUCUCUCUCUCGAAGUAAUAUGACAAAAAUGCAGCUUGUCGUGUUAUUGGGAAACCAUAAAGCCCUCCAUCCUGAAGAUUUUCCCAUGACAAAAACAAAACAAUUUACUGACUGUUACAAAGUGCUGAUACUGGAGACUCCUUCCUUAAUUGUAAAAUAAAUGAAAUAAAAAUCUCUUUACAGAAUA